GCGCUCCGUGCCUCGGCCGCUCGCUGCGCGCCCUGGCGGCACUGCCGGUUCCGGCGGGGCGGCGCUGCCGGGAGCGCUGCCGCCAUGGCGGGCAACCGACUGCAGAAGGUCGGGAGCGUCUUCAGCCGGACCCGGAACCUGCUCCGCGUGGGGGUGAUCGAGAAGCCGCUGUGGUUCGACGUCUACGUGGCCUUCCCCCCGCUGCGGGAGCCCGUGUACCGAGUGCCGCGGCCGCGCUACGGCAAGGUGAAGGAUGUCAUCCCUCCCAUCUUCUACCAGGAGGACGAAGUGCGAGCGAAAUUUUACAGAAUUUAUGGCAGUGGUCCAAGACCUUUCGACCUGUCACAGUUAAACUACAAAUCUACUUGCCAGAGGUUUGUUGAGAAAUACAAUGAACUGAAAGAAGAAGGAAAAAUUGAAGAGGAAAAAUUGUUUGAUGAAGCAGGAAAAGCUCUUCUAGCCAGUGGGAUCAUCUUGCAGAGGAGAGGAACAGAUAAAGUAGCACAACAGGAUCAUCACAACGUUGACACCAGGGACUCUGCUUUACACCUGCAGCUUCAUGCUGUGCUGGAAGAGCUUCAGGAGAAGAAGACAGACCAGGAGGAGCAGACAGAGCUGGCAGGAGCACAGAAGGAAAAGCCAUUGCCCUCUUAAGAGCCUUUUAUCUGAGGUGCUGUGAUGGGCAGGAGAUGUUCCUCAGGGGUAGAUGCCUCAGCUGGCUCCAGUGCCUUCCAUGCUCAUCAUGUCUGAAUCAGAGCCUCAUUCUUGUUCUUCCAUCUCCCCAUUUCUGAAAUGGCAGACAAGAUUUUUUUGCUUCAAGGUUUAAGGUUGUGAGUUGGAAAAUAUGGGCAUAAAAAUGGGAAAUUAAACACUGUCCUAAGAAAUGGAA